UUAAAUCAUAAAUAUCACCCUCCUCAAAAUCGCACCACAAAUUUUGUUCUCAUUUUUACAUAAACUUUCUAGAAAAGAACAACAAAAAAAAGAGAUGGAUGAAACAACUAGAAAAUCAGAAGGGGAAAAAAGCGAAGACAAAUUCACUGAAACAACUCUAAGGCGAAUUGAAUUGUCAGAUGUGGAUGAUUUCAUGGAGUGGGCAGCAGAUGAAAAAGUCAGCCAAUUUUGUACAUGGGAUACUUACACUUGCAAAGACCAAGCUUUGGAUUUCAUAAAAAAUAUUGCUAUCCCCCAUCCAUGGUUAAGAGUUAUUUGUAUAAACAACAAAGCAAUUGGGUCGGUUUCUGUAACCCCAAAUUCAGGUUGUUUUGAUACUUGUAGAGCAGAGCUUGGUUAUGUAUUGGCUUACAAGUAUUGGGGUAAAGGGAUUGUCACAAAAGCAGUGAAAAUUGUUGUGUCAAAUAUAUUUCAAGAAUGGUCAAAUCUUGAGAGACUUGAGGCUUUGGUUGAUAUAGAUAACAAAGGAUCACAAAGGGUGUUGGAAAAAGCUGGAUUCUUGAAAGAAGGUGUAUUGAGAAAAUUCAAGAAUAUAAAGGGAAGAUCAAGAGAUGAGGUCAUAUUUAGCUUUCUAUCUACAGAUGCUCUUCAAGAGUAGUCUAAUAUAUUUGAGUGGUUCAUUGGAAAUUUAGAAUUCAGACAAUCAUCAAAUUGAAUCAUUGAUGAAUUAGCAACCUUUAUAUUAGGACUAGAUGCCCGUGCCCGUGUUCGUGUUAUGCACGGAUGCAUGCUUGAUAUAACUAUGUGCAUCUUGUAGUAAGGUUUGAAAUUAGUUUAGGGUGGAUGAAUGACUUAAAUGGAAUAAGAUUAUAUCAGUCUUUUCAUGUAGAAGCAUAUUGAGAAUUUGAAUUUCA